UGCCGAUUAUACCGAUCAGAGCUGGAGCUACGAUGCAGUGACAUUCUACAGGAAGACACGCACUCACACUCACACACACUCACACACACACACACACACACACACUGAGCGAGGACAGGGAGGGGAGGAACACACGGAUGCACACGAGAAAUGAUCCGCUCAUAGACUAUGGCACCGUCGGGCUCGCGUAGUAUCAAGCGGGGCUGUCAGAGAGUUCUGUACUGGAUCCCGGUCCUCUUCAUCGCCCUCAUAGUGGGUUGGUCAUACUACGCAUAUGUCCUGCAGCUGUGCAUAGAAUCCAUCGAAGACACAGGAAAAAAGGUGGUGUUCUUGCUGGUGUACCAUGCCAUCUUCAUCAUGUUUGUGUGGGCGUACUGGCAGACCAUCUUCACCAGGCCCAUGAACCCCCUGAAGGAGUUCCACCUGUCCUUCUCUGACAAGGAGCUGCUGGAGCGUGAAGAUCGUGGAGAGUCCCAGCAGGAGAUCCUGAGGAGGAUAGCCAAGGAUCUGCCCAUCAACACCCGCACCAACUCUGGAGCAAUCCGUUUCUGUGACCGCUGCCAGCUGCUGAAGCCUGAUCGAUGUCACCAUUGUUCAGUGUGUGAUAAAUGCAUCCUGAAGAUGGAUCACCACUGCCCCUGGGUGAACAACUGUGUGGGAUUCUCCAACUACAAGUACUUCAUGCUGUUCUUGGCGUACUCGCUGCUCUACUGCCUUUUUAUUACUGCUACAGACCUUCAGUACUUCAUAAAAUUUUGGAUGGCUGGAGGUAGAGCACAUUUCCGUCUCAGGGAGUACCUGAACGGCCUCCCAGACACUCAGGCCAAGUUCCACAUCCUCUUCCUCUUCUUCUCGGCCUCCAUGUUCUCGGUCAGCCUCGCCUCUCUUUUCAUCUACCACUGCUGGCUCGUGUGCAAGAACAGAUCCACUCUCGAAGCUGUACGGGCCCCGGUGUUUCGUCACGGCACAGACAAGAAUGGUUUCAGUCUGGGCUUCAGUAAGAACUUCCGCCAGGUCUUUGGGGAUGAGGCUAAGUACUGGUCUAUUCCCAUUUUCUCCAGUCUCGGUGACGGCUGCUCGUUCCCGUCCUGUCUGGUGAAUGUGGACCCUGAGCAGCCUUCCUCACCCUCAGGCUCCAACCCUGCCAACAAGGGUGCAUCAGACAGCCGCCAGUUCCCCUCCAAACCUCUGAGGGAGAGCCAGAGUCGACUGCUUGCCAGCAACCCCUCCUGGCCCGACAGUGACAGUGCAACAGAGAAAGAGAGGAAAGGUGCCAGCAACCAAGGGAUGACCAUCGAAAAUGAGGCAUAACCAGAGCCAGAGUCUGCAACUUCAAUUCAAGACAAGGUCUCUGCUGGACCCCUUCUGUGUUUGUGCCAGAACAGGACAUGCUGGUGACAUCACCGGCAUUUGUCAUUUUCCAUAUUGCACCCCCUCCUUCUGAGAGGCUUACACAAGAAAAAUCUACAUGUAUUAUCAAAAGUGUCACUGUUACUGUUAUCAGUGAAUUUAUCUGCUGCUACUUGGACGCAUUUGGGUGGAUUCAAAUGAAAAGUGCAUUCCAACAAUCCCCUUUUCUUUUGUUUCUGUAUGAAAAAGCACAGAGCAGCGUUGGAGAUGUUUUGCACUUUGUAUACUAGUAAAUCAAUCUGAGCUUUUGUAUGUUAGUUUUAUGUUAAUUGGAUAGCUUAGCACAUUAGUAAAUGCUGUUAUAAGUUUGCCAAACAUUUGCACAUUAAUAAUGCAGUAGUGAUGGUCUUGAUAUGAUGUAAUUGACAUUCCUCCAGUCUUUGUUUUUACGUUUUUUGUAAAUUUCUUUUUCCCACCCGACAUGUUGUGUUGUGGAAAUGAUGCAUGCUCUCAUCUCAGGAUGUCAACGCAAACACUAUUUGUUGUAGUGAACUGUACGAGACGUUCUCCCCUUUUUGCUUGAAAACAAAAAAGAAGUAAAGUCAUCAGUAAUUACAUGUUUGAUUAAGGGCUCUUCUGAAUGAUUAAAGCAUGAGUGAGGAUGUUGCCAUCACGAAAAGCUCCUGACUGACUGUUGGGGGGAUGUUCUGUAAGGUCAGCUCACCUGCUGCCAGCGGAAAGAAACUUCAGUGUGAUGGUGCUGCAGAUCUGUUUACACUGAAGUAAGAAAAUAGUUUACCAACUUCAAAAUAAUACUUCAAUUGGUAACACAGAAAGGAAUCAAGUUUGUUCAGCUAUAACUUAUACACAAACAACUGCUUUUUAAUUUGAAAAAACAAUUUGUGUUACCAAUUGCAGUCUUUUUUUAAGUCGGUUCUUUUUCCAGUGCACCAUCAAAAAAUAGAUACUGAGUGUUUUUGUCACACACAACGUUGUGUACAAAAAAAAGAGAAAUCAGUUCCAGACACUUUGUACAGUAUUUUCUCCUUUUGACGAUUCUGUCUGUUCUUCGGCUGGAAACUAAAAACAAAACUGAACAUUAGUUUAAAGAAUGUAUGCUUGUUAAAAAAAAAAAAAGCUUCAUGGUGAUCGUUGGUGUCGAUUUAUAUUUUUCUAUUCUGUCUGACUCGAGACAACAUGGAUGUGUGAGGCGAUGUACUAUACAGUUGUGAUGCCUUA